AUGGUUAAAACAACCUCUACUGCAAAACCCAAAAAACAGAGCAAAGUUCCACCCACGCCUCAAGCCUCUCGAAAACAAUCGCCGAAAACCGAGGCCGUCAAAGAAAGGAUUGUCACCGAGAGUGUUGCAUCUCGAAAAUCAUCACAUAAGGCUGACGUUAAGAAAGGUGCAGUAAAAUCACCUAAAGAAGCGGAGGUUGCUAAAGAAGAAAUUGUCGUGACCGAUUCCAAGAAUAUCACCGGUGAGACCAUCAACAGUGUUGAAGAAAAAUCCAUCGAGAUCGAAACCUCCGAAAAUACUAAAGCGCAACCUACCGAGACCGAGAGUGAGGAUUCUGGUAAUAAUACCAAAGAAGAGAGUUUAAUUCCUCCUUUAUCUGUCAACGAGUCUCCUUCCGAAUUCAUCGAUUCUACUGUCGCGGGUGUGGAUUCGGAUAGUUUUAAAGAAGGUACCAUUGAACUGAUCAACAUAUUUAGAAACAGUGAGAGUUCCUCACCUCUGAUAUCGUACGCCACUUCAUACGACGACCAAUAUUUGACCACGUUACCACCACCCGUGAUGCAAACACUUGGAUAUGAGGUCAUACACGCAACCAGUUGGGACGAGAGUUAUCCGCCUCAACAACUUUUGCCCAAAGAUAAUAAGAAUAAUGGAAAUGAUGGAGGAAUUAAACAUGGCAAAGGAUGGCAAUCCGAAAAGUAA